GAAUUUCCCCACCUUGGCAAACAUCGAGAGGAAGAAGGCAAUGCAGAUGCAGAAGGAGGAAAGGGGAGAAGUGCUGACUACCCAGCAGUUUGGCAAAAUGAAGGGGAUGUGGAAACCUUCAGGGAAUGAAGGGAGGCCUUGGCAGCAAGGAAGACAGAGGAGAAGACAGAGGCACCCACUGUGGAAGAAGUUCAGUGAGAAUGGUGGUGAUCAGAAUGUACCUACAACUCAAAAUGAGGCCAGUGGACCAGAAAACAGCCCGUGGGAGAAGGACCCUGAGAAAGAACAUGCUCAGGCAGCUCAGCCAGAUGUGAAGGACGUGGACCCUCUGAGCCUCCUGGCAAAUGGUGAUGUUGAAUCUGACAAGGAUGAAGCAUCAGCUGAAGAUGGGAAGAUGGGGCUGACUGUUGUUCCCAAGCAGGUCACCCCUGCCUUGAGUUCCUUGUUGGCCAACUACGGCAGCGCGUCCGACAGCGAGCCCGAAGAAAUCCCUGUCAAGGCUGCGACGAAAGCUGAGGAAAACCAGCCUGCUCUCAGAAGUACUCCUCCAACCACCUGCCUUCCUCAGAGCCCAAACCUGGAUCAGAAGGAGCCCAAAGGUGCAGGCAGGAGGUUGAGGAGCUCCAAGCCCAACCCACGUCCCCGCAGAGGGGCUGGGGGCUGGGGCAGGAAGACGCUGCCGAGGCGCCGGCCGACUCUGCUGGAAAUGCUGCUGGCCCAGGACAUCAGACAUGAGAGGAACGUGGUUCUGCAGUGUGUUCGGUACCUCAUCCAGAACAACCUCUUUGGGCUUGCUUCUAAAACAGAGACUGACCCCUCCUCCACAGCUACAGCACAACCCUUGGUGGACAAACCUGGGGAAUCCAACUGUUCUUCUAGCUCUGACCUUCAGCUGGCAGGAGGAGGAGGAGGAGGAGAUGCACUAUUAAUAGCCCAGGGUGAGGAGCCACCCGUGGAUCAGACGCCACAGAUGGUUCACUUGGCAGAUGAAGACACGUGGGAAACCCCACCAGUUGGGUGUGAAUGA